CAAUAUUACAUAUUUUUUAUUUUAUUCAACUUAUACUUAUAACAAUUCAUAAUAAUAAUUGUAUAUUUUAUUUAAUAUAUUCCAAACGCAAUUAAUGCAUUGUUUACUAAACUUAUACUGUAAUUGAAUGCUUAUACAUUUUUAAUCGUAAGUGAUAAAUAAGUUUUACACGUAUUAUAUUAGAUCUAAUACAUUAUUUGAGUUUUAUAGUGUUAUGAUGGGCGAUGUGACUGCUGAAAGUCCUCCUGCUGAUGAUUUAAACAACUCGGGUUCUUCUUCUUCUUCGUCAUCCGAUUCUGAUGGUGAAUCAAGUAGUUCAUGUACCAGUUCUAGUUCUUCUUCUUGCUCAGAAACACCUAACAACCAGUGCAAAAAUUCUAGUCUUCCUGAUUGUGAUGAUGAUACUCCUCAGUCAAAUGGUCAAUCUGAAUGGAUGGUUUGUCAGCUUUGUCUUUACAAGGUGAAAACACCUUUACAAUUAAAACAACACAUGCGAAUGCACACUGAACAUAAAAUACAUCGUUGUGCCAUAUGUAAUAAAACAUUUGAACAAGCUACUCGAUUAGAAAAACAUAUAGCCAUACACUGUGGUACAGAUAAUCGUUUUGAAUGUUCACUUUGUGGAAAAGUGUAUAAACUUAGAACUCAAAUUGUUAGCCACAUAGCAGCUCACAAAAAACAAAACGCUGGACGUCGUAUUUCAUAUACAUGUCACAUUUGCACAAAAAAAUUUUCAAAUAAAUCGAAACUGAAGGAACAUGUAUCAGGACAUGAAAAUGGGACAUUGCAUUCAUGUGAUGUUUGUGGGCGAACUUUUAAAUUAAAUUCAUAUCUUGUUGUACACAAAAGAACACAUGAGAUGAGCGUAUCUUAUACAGGUGAUAAACCAUUCACAUGUUCAAUGUGUAACAAGUCAUUUUUAAGCAAAAGUAACCUAGACCUACACAUGUUGGUGCAUAAUUACGUUAAAAAAGCAUCAUAUAGUUGUGACAUAUGUGGAAAGAUAUUUAUGCGUAAAUAUAACUAUGAUGCUCAUGUUAAAAUUCAUCAAUAGUUAGUAAGUUUUUACCAUUGCAACUAACAGUUAUUAUUACUACACAAUUCUCCAUAAACACUAAAGCAGCCGUUAUUAUUUCAAAUUUUUUGUGAAUUUUUAUUUUGAAAACAGAACAUUAUUUUUUAAAUAUAUAAAGUAUAUAUUUAAUAAUGGCUUCUUGAACUAACGUUUUAGUAAUUUUAUCAACAUUUCAAUUAUUAUCUCAUUAUUUUCCAUUUCUACAAUUUUAAAAGAAUAAUAUUGGAUGAUAAAUAAUCUGUUCAUUAAAAAUAAAUAAUUUUUUUCUAUUAAAUGAAAAAAAUAAUAUACCAGGUUUAAAACUUUUGAUUUCCAUUGUGACCAUAGAAUAUUUUAAUUGUUUUUUAGUAUUUACUAUUUAUUAUUGAUUUUUCGCACUCUUUUAUUCAUACAAAAAUAAAAUAUACAACAAAUGUAUAUUUUAUAAAUAAUGUAUAAAUCCAGUAUGUAUCCAAGUAACUAGAGAAAUUAUGUUCCAAUAUAUUAAUUUAAGUCCAUUUAUAUAUGUAUAUUGUAUAUAGUGAAAACUUAAAUCGUACAAAACCAUAGUUUAUUUAAAUGUUUAAUUAUUUAUUUAUUUAUUUUAUUUUAAUGUGUAUUAUAAAUUGUAUUUAAUUGUGUAUUUUAUAUUUAAUUCAGAGAGUAAUCUUUUGUUUUUGAGUAUAAUCAGAUUUUAAAUAAAUAGUAUUGAUAAGGAUUAUAUUAGACAGAUAAUUUUUUGUAAUUAUAUAAACUUCUAGAAAAAUAAUGUAAUGAUUUUAGUAUAACUUGUAUUUCUUUUAUAUUGUAAUAUGUUCAUAAUCAUUCCAAGACAAAAUGCCUAUUGAAAUUAUAUUAUACUAAUUAUUGUGUAUUUUCUGGAGUAUUCUAUAUAAUAUAUUUUAUCACUAAAAUAUACAAAUUAUAAUAUUGUAUAUUCUACACAUAGACCUUAUACUCAAGUAUAAGGUCUAUGAUUCUACCAAGUUUUGAAAAUUUUACAUUUUUUGAUAUAAUGAUAUGAAAUAAUUAUUCAUUUAUUUUUUAAAAAAGACAAUUGUGUUCAAAUUUCAAAAUUAUAUUGCUUUUUAUUUUUAUUAAUAAUUAAAUAUUAAAAAAAAAAAAAAAAAAAAACAAUGAAUCUUAUACCUAUUAGAGGUAUUGUAUUUUAUUUAUUUUUACCAAUGAAUAGAUCAUUUUCUAUUUGAAAGUAACUUUAAAUAAACUAAAAUAUCUACUCAAUCUUAUUAUUAGCUGUAAUAUUGUCAUAUGACAAUAUGAUUUUGUUGUUGAUUAAAAAAUAAUGGAUAAACAAUUUCUAUGUAUUUAUUUUCAUAUUGUGUUUUGUGCUUAUUCACAAGUAAAAGUAUUGAUAAGUAAUUGAUUGGGAGUACAUGCCAUUUUUUAUGUAACUUAAAUGUGUGAAAUCAAAAAUAAUUUUACACAUUAUGUAAAUCACAUUUAUUUGAUGGAAAUAUGAUUGGUAAAAAUGAGUAUAUUAUGUGUAAUUAAUUGAUGUUUUUUGUUUGACUUAUUGAUAAUUUUUAUUUAAAAAUUGAAAAUUUUGUGCUAGUAGUUUAUAGAUAAAUGGAAAAUACAAGUAUGAUUUUGAAUAUAUUUGUAUGCAAUUUUUUUAAUUAAUAUAACUAUAAAAAAUUAUCAUAUUUUAUUUACAAUAUUUGUAUAUUUAUAUAACUAUAAUGUCUAGUUCCUUAGUAAUAAAAAAAAAUCUAUAUGUAAUUUACUUUUGUGACAUUUCCAAUUUUCUAAUUUUAUUUGUUCCAAAAAUUAAGUUUAUUUUCAUACUUAAUUUAUAGGCAUGAGUGAUGUGUACUAAAUAUUUUAUGUUAAUAUAAGAACCUAAUUUUUAUUAAUAAUAGAUACCAUACCAAUUACUAAUAGAUCUAAUAAUAUAAAUGUUUUAUGUUAAAAUUUUUCAUUCAUGUUGUUUUUUUUUCUUGCCGUUAGAUUUGUUCUGUUACAUUUUUUUUUUAACUUAUAAAUUAUCUAUGAUAAUAAUUUCUAAUUUAUUAUAAACCUACUUAUUUUUAUUCAUCACUACCUAUGUAAAUAUUAUAGAUUUUUGUGACUAUAUACCUACCUAAUA